AAAUGACGGAUUUAAACGGUCACUUGAAAUAGAAAAUUUGAUAAAAGCAAGCAUAAUUUGUGUAAAAUGUUGGGGAAAUGUAUCAAUACAAUAUCUAGCCUUUAAUAGAUAAAGGGCUGACUCAAAAGUUUUCUGCGUAAAUAAAAUGAAGUUAUUUUAUGUUAAUGCACAGUUUUGGCUCGCAUAUUGUAUUGAAAAGAUACGUUUAAAGGGAAGUUCUUAUAGAGGACUUGGAGAAGUUAUUGUGUGGUAGAAUAAGUAAGAAUAAAGGAACAAGAAAACAAUGUCGGAUAUACCGCCAGUACAGUCACCAGUGCCCAUGAAUCGCUCAUUCAUCAGUUCGUCGGGUUCGAGCAUGAACGUGGAAGCGGAGAGGGACCAGUACAAAGAGAAGGUGGAGCAUUUUAAAUUCUUGGUCAGAAAAUUACAGGAGGAAAACCAGUCAUAUAAACUUAGAAAGGAAAGUACAGAAACUGUUUCUAAACUGUUGCAGGAGUCCAAACAGGAAGUGACGUCAUUACAGAAACGGUGUAGUCUAGCUGAUGCUAUAAUUCGAACUUUGCAAAGUCGAUUAGAAUCUAACGGACUGUCCAGUGAUAUUUAUCCGCAUGAGGGCGAAGAAUACAUACCUGGCCAGUCUAAAAACUUGCUUGAUAAUUUAACGCGGGAAAAUAAAAGACUUCGUAGUCUUAUAAGGUCAAAGUCAGGUGACCCCGAAGAAUAUGCCAAACUUCAACAGCGUUUUGAAGAAACUGAAAGAGAGUGCAACGAAUUAAGAAUACAACAUAGUAACCAACAAACCCGCAUUGCGGAGCUAGAGCAAGUUUUGAGGUCAUCAGAUAAUGAAAAAGAUAGAACUAUAAAUGAACUUCGUGAAAAAAUAAAUCACAUAACCCGUGAAUUGACGUCACGUGAUACAUUGUGUACGACAUUAGCCGAGGAAACCCGAAUGUUGCAGAAACAGCUGGAAGAUGUUGCCCGGCAGUGCCAAGAGUUAGCUAAGCGAUUAACGGAGCAGGGUCACAAUACUGAUAAAAUUAUUCAAACGGCGUUGAAAGCUAACGUAAAAGAAGUAUCUAAUGACUCAAGUAAAAGCCUCAUGGAAGAAAUCAAGUCAUUAAAACAGAAAAAUAAAGAGAUUACCGAGAUGAACAAACGCUGGCAGGACUACAAUAACCAAAGAGAGGCAUACGUUAAAACAUUACUUACUGAAUCAAAUGAUUUAAAGAAACGCGUGGAAGAACUUUCCGGAAGUCAGGGAAACGUCAUACCACAAGAAAUACAGGUUGAGAUGAAUCGUAUUUUAGAUGAGGCCCGUCGUCUUACACGUGAAUUGGAGGACCAAAAACGAUCGACGACACGUGCUAUAAGUGAACGUGAUAGGAUUAAACGAGAGGCGGAGAACGCUACCAGUGUUAUUACAGCUCUAAGGUCGGAGAACCGGGAUUUAAGACGCCGAGUAGAGUCCGGACCGUCCCACGAAUCUUCAGAGACUAUAAAUGCUUUAAAGGCGCAGAUUCGUAUCUGUACAGAAGAUUUUGAAUCUGAAAGAAAAGAUAGAGAAAGAGCCGUUUCUAAAGUUUCAAGAUUAGAACACGAAUUGGAACGAGUUAGAAAAGAGAAUGAAAAUCUUAAACGCGAGGCAAUUCGCCGGCAAACAAGUCCGCAGAUACAAACGCCAUACAACGACCCAUUUUAUCAUUACCAGUCUUCCGGAGGCCCACAUGGGAACUUUACUAAUGAGGGUCUAGCCGCCAGGGGAGUGUCAAGACUUCAGCCAGUAGAUCAAACUCAGCAAAUUAACCUUGAUAGAUAUAACGUAAUUGACGGCAAGGACUUGCUUGCUGACGGCGAAGAUCACGUGACUAAAAGCGCGCGCUCAAAAGACAAUUAUGAUCAACAAGACAGUGAGCAAACUUCAGUUGUUGGGUUAAGAAAAACAAAUGACGAUGAUUAUCAGUCGUUAAACGCUUCAUCAAUUUCAUCAAAAGAUAGAUGUUCACUCUCCCCAAAACAUUCACCUAGAAAUAGUAGAGGCAACUCGCCAGUCAGUAAAAACACGCAACAAAUCAUAGUCGCGAAUACUGAUGACAAUUUAAGGUGUCCCAAAUGCAACAAAGAGUUUACAUCAGACGAACAUCCUGAGCUUCUUGAACAUAUGGAUUCUUGUGCAUAUUGAAAAUAUUUUCUCUGAAAAGUUCUUUUAAGUUAUUUAACUGGUUUUGUACUUACUUUUGCCAGUCAUCACUUCCCUUCGUUUUGGAGUGUGUUUUUUACACGAAAAGUCAUGCUUUGUUAAUGAAGCCAGCACUUUCGCUAUAAACCACGUGACUGUUUCAGGUGCCAAAGGUGUAGGAAGUCGGAAUUUAUAUGCUUGGAUAUUAAAUACAUGCCAAGAGUUUAGUUGUGUCCAGUCGACAGGGGAUGUUUAUUUACCAUUUGCCUAGUUUUGAGAUUUACUGUUUUACUGUUAUAUUAAUAAAUUACAGAAAAGAAAG